CUUUUAAUCUACUUUCAUUUUGACUUUGGUGACAUUUUAUCCUCCCACCUUCCUAAACCUUUAUCCCGACCCCAUCAAAUAUAAAUUUCAGAUUAUCUCGCGCUGACACAUUCUCCGCACAACAAUAAGCUAUUUGACAUCAUGCUGCAAUCUAUCAUAGCUAAAAGUAAACCAUUACACGCCAUUCGUCGUGGAAUAGCAACUACUCAAUCUCCUAAUAUAAAACCGUUGACUGGCAUUCGUGUGUUGGAGUUGGGACAGUUGAUUGCAGGACCUUUCUGUGGUACUAUCUUGGGUUAUUUCGGUGCUCAAGUGGUCAAAGUAGAGCCACCUAAACUAGGCGAUCCGCUGCGAGUGUGGAGACACUUGGAUUCGGAUGGUCAAAGCCCUUGGUUUAGGAGCUUGGGAAGAAACAAGAAAUCAGUGUGUAUUGACUUGCGCACGGAAAAAGGAAGAAGUUUGGUGAAGAAGCUGGCUGAAGAAUCGGAUGUUCUCAUAGAAAACUUCAAACCUGGAACCAUGGAGAAAUGGGGUCUUGGCCCAGAUGAUCUCUACAAGACAAAUCCAAAAUUGAUCUAUACUCGUAUUUCCGGUUACGGACAAACGGGACCGUAUUCAAAGCGUGCAGGCUACGCAUCUGUGUGUGAAGGUAUGGGUGGCUUCCGUUACGUUAACGGCCAUCCCAAUCAGCCUCCAGUGAGACCUAACAUCAGUUUGGGAGAUUCUUUGGCUGGAUUGCAUGCUGCUUUGGGAGUGGUGAUGGGGCUUCUGGCACGCCAACGCAUUGGAGAUUCUGGAGUUAGCAAAACAGGCCAAGUAGUCGAUGUUGCUAUUUAUGAAAGUGUGCUAGGUAUGAUGGAAGGCGUCAUCCCAGAGUUUGAUCGAUUCAAUGAGAUUCGCCCACCAUCUGGUACUACAGUCACCGGCAUUGUUCCCACCAACACUUACCCAUGUGCCGAUGGCAAACAUGUUAUUAUUGGAGGCAAUGGAGAUAGUAUCUAUAAGCGCCUCAUGAAGGCAGCUGGACGGGAAGACUUGGCUACUGCUGAAUACGAGACCAACAAAGAACGUGUGAUCCACCAGAAGAAGAUUGACGACGCCAUUGCGAGCUGGACCUCCACCUUGACUACUGAUCAAGUUUUAGAAAAAUUAGAAGCAGCCUCCGUACCGGCCGGUAAAAUCUAUGACGCUCGUGAUCUUGUUAAUGAUGAGCACAUACAAGCAAGAGGCAUGAUCGAAGAAGUAACGGUGGGCAGUGAACAAGACGGUCGCGGAUGGCAGGUGAAGAUACCUGCCAUGACUCCUAAAUUAGACACAACGCCUGGAUCAACGGAAUGGGCAGGUCCAGAUCUGGGACAACACACCCAUCAAAUUCUUAGUGAGGUUCUUGGACUUAGCCUUGAUGAAAUUCAACAGCUUGAAAACGAAGGUGUUACUGGUUCCAAAAAGAAAUAAAUAAUAGCUGUACAAUGGGUAGUCUUUAUAGAUGCAUU